AUCAUUCCACAUUAUAUAACCAACCCACUCCAACAUGUACACAGAUAGAGUGCAUAAUCAAAUACUAGACAUUUUCCUCUUCCACUUAUUCUUAUCGCGUAAACCUUCACACUUAUCUUCCCAACUUUAAAACAAUGCUUGCACACAAUCAAUCACGAAACAAUUUAAUGGAUUUCAUCAUAUUUUUUGAAUUGCUUUCGGCUCAUUAAUGAAUUCGGCGUGGGUUGGGCCGGAAUCACUUUGUUUGGCGUUGGAGUCUGUUCAGAAGGGACGAUACACACGCCACAAGGUCACAGAUAUAUACAUAAAAUAUGGAACCCGCGAUACCAACGGUUGAUGUGGACAGUCCACCACCAUAUAAUGAUCUACCCCCACAACAGCAGCAGGGCUACUUAAACGAUGCCUUUGUUCCUGAUGGAGGUGACGAGGAAAAGAGCAGGAAAAAUCUCCAAUUUGGCGACGAUCCAAAGCAUGUGACCAUUUGGAGCAAAGAGACAGAUGCUGAUAACCCCGAAGGUGAAGGUGAUGACGAAGGUCGCGAUGUGUGGGACAGUCCCGUAGAAUUUUUGCUUUCAUGCAUUUCAAUGAGCGUCGGUCUCGGAAAUGUUUGGCGCUUUCCGUUCACAGCCUAUAGCAAUGGAGGAGGUGCUUUUUUGAUCCCCUACAUCAUCGUCCUUAUCGUCAUUGGAAGGCCAAUUUACUAUUUGGAGAUGUGUUUAGGCCAGUUUUCACGUUACGGUCAAGUGAAAAUCUGGAAUAUGGCACCAAUCUUCAAGGGCGUGGGCUAUGGCUCGAUGAUUGGUACAAUUUGCGUCGUUUCGUAUUACUGCAGUAUUAUGGCGGUCACUAUAUUUUAUUUUUUCGCCUCCUUUCGAAAAACUCUCCCGUGGGAUUAUUGUGAUAGGAGUUGGGGUGGUGGUUUUUGUAAUGAGAAUGGAACAUUAAAUCCCACUGUAAAUACCGAGAACAAAACCAUUGCUUCCCUUUAUUAUACGAUGGAGGUGUUUCCGCAGAAGAAUGACAUUUCUGAUGGAUUAGGAAAACCUGACUGGCGACUUUCACUUUGUCUUCUUGCGUCCUGGAUCAUCAUCUUCUUUUCCCUUUGGAAAGGGGUAAAAUCAUCGGGAAAGGUGGCCUACUUCACGGCAAUUUUUCCGUAUGUCGUCCUUACCAUCAUGCUCAUUCGUGGCGUUACAUUAAAUGGGGCAUGGAAAGGCAUAAAAUACUUUAUCGAACCACAAUGGGACAAAAUCUAUGAACCAAAGGUUUGGUCUGCUGCAAUCGGUCAGUGUUUUUUCAGUCUUGGAACAGGGUUUGGACCUAUAAUCAUGUUCUCAAGCUACAAUCCAUUUAGACACAACGUCUACCGGGACGCGUUGGUCAUCAGUUUCAUGGACACUUUCACCUCGAUUUUAGCAGGAUGCACGAUAUUUGCCGUGUUGGGCCAUUUAUCCGAAGAGACUGGGAGGCCAAUUGAAGACGUGACCGACGGUGGAGCUGGCCUUGCCUUUGUCUCUUAUCCUGAAGCCAUUGCAAAGUUCACAUUUGUUCCACAGUUGUUCGCCGUCCUGUUUUUCUUGAUGCUUUUCACUCUUGGGAUCGGAUCCGCAACGUCCCUCACGAGUGGUGUUAUUACCAUAAUUUGCGACCAAUUUCAAACCUGGAAGAGGUGGUUGGUCACGCUUAUAGUUUGCGUAAUCGGUUUCUUUUCGGGUCUUUUGUACGUAACGGAGGGAGGAAACGCAUUAAUUGACUUCAUAGACUUUUUCGGAGCUAAUUUCGUCGUGUAUCUGAUGGCAAUGUUGGAGGUUGGGGCAAUCGCGUGGGUCUACGGACUUAACAGUUUCUGCAAAGAUAUCGAAUUCAUGCUGGACAGGAAAGUGGGAUGGUACUGGAAAAUAUGCUGGGCCUUCAUUAUUCCCGUGGGACUUUUUGUAAUUCUCGUCUACACCAUGGCCACUCAGGAGCAAAUGUUGUACAAUGGGGUGCCCUAUCCCACAAGUGCAAUUGCCUGUGGAUGGAUUCUGGCUGGGGGAGCAGUCCUUGUAGUACCCGCAGCAGCUCUACAUUCGAUAAGGACAAGGAAGUCACAAGGUUUUGUCGAAAAAUUCAAGGAGGCUCUUCAACCAACGAAGCACUGGGGACCUAAAAACCCUAAACUUCGCCGAGAAUGGGAAGAGUUCAAGAAGAACAAUUAAGCCGAAUCUUUAAGAUAUUUAAAACAUGCUAUUUUUUUAAUGACAAACUAAAAAUCAGAACUGAAUUUGAAAUAAAUAAACAUUUAAAAAUCAUGA